CGGGUACGCUAUGCGUAAUCAAUCAUCAGAUAUCAUGAACAGCGAGUCUCAUCCAUAUGUAGGCAGACCGCUCUCAUACCCAUCCCCCUAUGUCAGAUUGAUGGUCAGUCCACCCAAGUCAGGUGCAUCAGGACUCACUACCCUCGGCGGCACCAGCAAAGCCAUGUACUGGGUCACAAUCUGAACAAAACAAACAACGCAGACAGUCAGAUCAGCAACGGUCCAUACCGAUUUUGUGUGCCGUUUGUGUGCCGACUGACCUCUCCGACGUCCAGCCGUCCGUCUGUGAUUUCGUCAUCCCAGUCAUCUUCAUCCGAGUCGGGCAUGUCCUCCCGCUCGGCCUCGAUGGCCGCAGCCACGGGAUCAAUCACACGCUUCUUCGGACCUUUCCGCCGAACUGGAUAAGAGUAGACACACAAAAGGCAGCUGCCACUGCAUUGCUUGCAUUUGUUUCUGUUGCGGGUGCUGACCUCUGUCAUCUUCCUCGCCUCUGACGGCGAUGAUGGUCUCGAAUGUGUGCUGCUCAGUGCUGGAGAGAGGCUCCUCGGUCACAUAGCAACAGCGAAGGACGUCAGCGGUCAGAGAACCUGCAGACACUCACACAAUCAAAUGACAACGUGGGCAGAUUGGGCUCUCUAUAAUUUGGCCAUUGUCACCUUCAACUCUGAUGCGAUUUCUGCGUGUCCGUGUGAGCGUCAGAUUGGCACUCAGCUGACCCAGCCCACCAAACUUCAACCUGCACACACAGAAUGCAAACAAAUGACCAAGCGGUCAGCAGAUGGGCUCGGUGCGUGUUGCUGCCCACCUCUGCGCCAGUGCGUUGCACUCCUCCGGCUUGGCCUGAACGCGCAUCCGGACGGAUUUGCCCACCGCCCUCAGCCUCUUGGACACAUCCACUAUCCGCGAGAACUCAGCCGGCAGGUCCAUCAUGAGCUUCUCGUCACCCUUUUUCGCCAUUUUCGGCUGUACCUGGAGGCUGAUGGGAGAUUCACCAUCGCCGACAGGCAGCUCAGCGAGCCCCAGGCUCUCCAGAUCCAGCGGCGAGAUCUCGGCCCAAUCCUCCUCGUCGCCAUCGGUGUCAUCAUCGCUCUGACCAGGCACUCCUCGUUUCCUCCUCACGUUUGCUUGCGGCUGUGCCUGCACGUGCUGCCUCGCUAGGUGGCGGAUUGCCUUCUGCUCCUCCAGAUGGGCCAGCAGGUCAUGGACGUCCACCGUAGCCCCACUCUCGCCCGCAUCGUCAUCAUCGGGUUCGUCUUGCAGCUUAGUCGUCGUCUCGUCCAUCAGAUCCGCCCAUGAGGCUUCGUCCCAGUCAGUGGCCUUCUUCCGAGCGCUCAAUGCAGUCGACAAGAGAGGGAGCGUUGCUGACGUCCUUCGGCGCGGUGGCAGGCAUCUUGAAUGCACAUGGUGCGGAGGAAGUACAGGACAGGGAAAGGGCUGCAUGAGGAACGCCGGCGACUCGGGGAGGGCAGAAAACGCCGUGGAGAUGAAUGCAGCUGACAGCUUCAUUGCCAAACAGAUCUUGAAAGCCACUUUCAACUACAGAAAGCCGUCAGCGCCAGCGAACAGUAUCAGAGGCAGAUCUUCAUUGUGUG